CAUAGGGAUAGAUAUUUAGAUAUUCAGAGUCAGCACUUCAGGAUGAUGCAUCAACUCGGUCUAUAGAUAUUCUUCAUCUUUAUAAAUACACAUUACUAUUACUGAUGCUUUUUAUUGGCAGGUGAAUUAUCAGACCUGCAUGUGACUGUAUAUGUUCUGUAUGUGAACCACAACUUGGCUCUAUAAAUGGCAGUAAACAUGUGAUCAGGUUUCCUGAAUAGGACAUACAGUGUCACAUCAGGUCGGCCAAUCAAACGCAGUCUUGUCUCUGAUGAGUGGAAAAAGGAUCUAGGUUUGUUUCACUUAACACAGCAAUUUGAACACGAUGGCAUCUCUAAAGUUUGUCUUCUAUCUCACAUGUUUUCUCUUGGGGAAAAUGGCUCAUGUGACCGGUCUGAAUUUUUCUGUUCGUCAACAGAGAGGUUUUGUAUCAGCUAAUGUUGGAAACAGUGUGACUUUGCAAUGUUUCUGUGAAGGUAGUGAGGCAGGAUGGCUUUACUGGUACAAGCAAACACUGGGACAGAAACCACGGCUGAUCUCUUCGUCAUAUACGCAUGAUACAAGAGUCACUUUUUAUCAUGAAUUCAAGAACAAUCCACGCUUCACAGUGGAUAAGGAAAACAGUAACAAUCACUUGACAAUUUUUGAUUUGUGCAUAUCAGACUCAGCUAUUUACUACUGCGGAGCUAGAGUGUCAGCUAUCUUCCAUUUUGCGGAGGGCACUUUAGUCAGCGUACAGGGUUCAGGUCUGAACGUCCCAACUUUGGUCCAACAUUCAUCAUCUGAGACCGUCCAGCCAGGAGGCUCUGUGACUCUGAACUGUACAGUACACACUGGGACCUGUGAUGGAGAACACAGUGUUUACUGGUUCAGAAACUCUGAAAAAUCUCAUCCAGGACUCAUCUACACCCAUGGAGGCAGGAAUGAUCAGUGUGAGAAGAAACCCAACACACAAACACACACCUGUGUCUACAACCUGCCAAUGAACAGCCUGAACCGGUCUCAUGCUGGGACCUACUACUGUGCUGUUGCCUCAUGUGGACACAUACUGUUUGGAAAUGGGACCAAGCUGGACUUUAAAGAUGAGGAAGCCUCUCUUGUCUUGGUGUAUUUCUUGAGUGGAGCUUUGGCAUUCACCACCAUCCUGGUUGUAAUACUGGCUCUCUCAGUGUACAAGGUGAACAAGAGAAACAGCUGCCAAUGUGCAGAGUCUCGAGCAAGAUUAUCAGCUCCCUCCACAGAAAAUGCAGAGGGUUACAGAGACGCAGACAGCCUUCAUUAUGCUGCUUUAAGUGUCAACCUGCCCAACAGAUCACGGAGACCGAGGAACAACACCAAUGAUGAAUGCGUGUACUCCAGUGUAAAGCAAUAGAUCUGGACAGGUUUCAUUUCUACUUUUAUAAUAAAACUGGAUUUAGUCGUAUUUCAAGGUAAAUUUUGAGAUGUAUGUGUAUAUCUUCCUUGUGCUCUGCAGUCAAAAGUUGCAGCUCAGUGGGCCUAGGAAUUCUGUUCAUAUUUACAUCUCACGGUUUACGCCCGAUGCCAACAUUCAGUGCCAAUGCAGGAAGAAGUGUGCACGUUAUGUAGUGAGGCGGAGAGUAUGGUGUGCGUCUAGGCUACAGUAGUGCAUCAGAUUUUUGUGCACAAGACCGGAGUUCACAUCUAAUCACAGACAUAAUUCUAUUAACUGUCCCCAAAGUCCGUACUGAACUGGGGAAAAGGGCAUUUAAGUAUACGCUUCUUCCUCUUCUUCGAAUCAGUUACAAAUUGACCUGAAUCUCUGAGAGCUGUUCUCACUGAAUGUCUUUAAAGUACUUCUAAAAGACUUGGAAGCGAGCACAUCUGGCUGUAGAUGUUUUGAAUGCUGAUGAAUGUUUUUCGAUACCUUAUGAUUCUGUAAUUUGCUCUUUGUCUUCGUUUUAAAUUGUUAUGUUUGUUUUAUGUCUGCAACCUUGUAACUGUG